GUGUAACUUGUCGGACGAGGAACACCUACGAAGCAGCGACAAUGAAGGUAGCGCUACUGGCGUCUGUGCUUUGUUCCUUGUUUGUCGGAACGCCAGCACCAUUCCAUGCCUCCUGUUCAGUAACAUGGACCUUCGGGGUACCGUGCUCCAGUGUCAGCAAUAAGAUCCUGAACCAGAUACACAAAUGGAGUGGGCCAGAGAACUGUGAAAAUGGAGGAGAAAAGUGUCUCUACUCGCUUGUGAAUAACUCGACAUCCGAGAUCAAAGCUAAACACGAGACACCCGUGAAACACUACGUGGAUGACCUGACAUUCUCCCUGUCCCCAGGGGGAAACAAGUGCAAUGUUAAGGGUUUUUCCACCUCUGAGACGUUCUACGCAGUUCUGGAUUACGGAACGAACUAUUGUAAUUUGCAUAAUUUAGUAACGGGUUCGGGGUUGAACCAGACAACUGGGUACACUGAGGCGACGUCAGAUACCAUCUGUACCCAAUACUCCUCGGCGAACUGCGAGAAAUAUUAGCCAAGCAAGGUUAAAGUGUUCUAUUUUCCACAGUUAUUGGCAGAAGAGAAGAUAAAUGUAAUACAUCUAUAUGAAUAGGUGGUAAACCGACGAAGGACAAGGAAAAUGUUAUUCUAUAUGUAUAUGUGGUAUAUUUUGUAACUUUUGUAAACAAACAUUCACAAAGGUUGCUCAGGGUUUAUCCAAACUGUUAAGUUUUCAUCUCUUGACAUCGUGUUUUAAAAUGUGCCUGAACUAUAUUCUGUUUUGCAUAUUUAACAACCCUUCUUUAUCUAGAUGUAGCCACGGUGAUAUUUCACAUGUACGUAUUUGGUUAUAUUUAAAUGGCUUUUUGCUUAUUGAAGAAAUUUCUACUUAAAACUGAUCUGCAUAAAAUAUUUCUCCAGCAUUGUUUUGUGUUCAUUUGGUUGAAAUUGUUCACAUUAAAUUACAGCUAAUGGUGUUAU